CUAAUCCCAGCCCUAACCCUGGACCUAACCCUUACCUACAAUCUCGCCAACAACCACGUGUCCUAACCUUAUUUACAUCUCAGCGACAUUGACGAAAUAUUGAGUUGGCCUUAAGAAUUAGAUCUAGCCGGUGGUUUCAAUGUUUUAUUAACGAUAAAGACAUCAAACAAGUUAUAUAUUGUCCAAGUUUCUUUUACAGAUUUUGAGCUUUAAAAGGAUGGGGUUGAUGCUUGCCAGAUAUUUCCGAUUGGUUAGUUCCAGGCGUUCUUGUUUAUUGACAGUAGCUUGUUUAUUUAUUUUAUUCUUAAUCCGAGUUCUCCUGGUAAUUUAUGUGAUUGGAAGCCCGCUCCAUAAUGAUUUAAGACUCACUUCCAUCAAAAAAUCUCAUCAAAGUGUGAUCAAGAAUGAAACGUCGGCGGUCAAUCGACUUAAUUCUAAGGUGAAAAAAUCAAUAGAAGUUUUAACAAUUCUUGAAAAUGCAGCAAUUUCUGGUCUAGCGUUUAACAAUUCAGAUAAAAACAAUUCAUGGCGUCGCGUCAGUGUACAACAACCAAAACAAUUGCAUAAUAGCCCUCGUCACGAUUCACCCACACAAACUUUAAAUCAAAACAUAACUGUUUUUUUCACAGCUGCUGACGACGAGAUGAACGACCUUCUCAACCAUCAUAAUUUUAAUUAUGUUCUUAAUUCUAAGGUUUGUGAACAGAAUAAACUGUAUGUCGUAGCUUUUAUUCACAGUGCAACAGAGAAAAGAAAAGAACGUGUUUUAAUUCGAAAUACUUGGGGUCAGGUUAAAAAUAUACGAGGCGAGCUCAUAGCCGCCAUCUUUGUUUUAGGCGCAACGUUCAAUCAAAAACUUCAACAAGAAAUUGAAACAGAGGCGAGAGCGCAUGGAGAUAUAGUCCAGGGUGAUUUUGUUGAUAGUUAUAGAAAUUUAACUUACAAACAUAUAAUGGCUUUAUCGUGGAUUACACAUAAUUGCCCGGAUGUGAAAUACAUACUUAAAGCUGAUGAUGAUACAAUGGUCAAUUUGUACAAUAUGGUGGACUACCUACACGUGACUAAACCAACCAAUCGUUUUUUAUAUUGUUCUCCGUAUUACUUUCAUCGGCCAGUGCGUGACAGGCGAGACAAAUGGUACGUCCCGGAGAAAGACUACCCGUUUGGUCUAUAUCCGAGAUAUUGCGAGGGAUUCGCAUACAUUAUAACACCGGAUGUAGCUGCUCGAUUUCUAAAUGUGUCAAGAAAAAUGAAAUAUUAUUGGGUGGAUGAUCUUUACGUCACAGGAAUUCUUAAUCUACAAGCAAAUAUACCAUUUACUAAAAUGGCUAGCCACCAUGCGUAUGAGAAUAUGAAGGAACGUGACACUACAUCCGAGGUCAACAAUUAUAUGUUUAUAUUGGCUAAAUAUUCUCAGAUGAGACAGUUUUGGGAUAAUACUUGGCGUGCCAUUGAGCGUUUUAAUAAAUUAGAGACUCCUAUGCCAAGAACAUAAUUUAUGUUGAAUUUUGAUACUCAAUUAAUUAAAGAUGUAUACCGAUGAGACUAAUUAUAAGGUGGUUAUUUCCAAUAAUUUGAUAUAUAAAUGGAAAUUAGAGACAUCUACUCCAAAUAGAAAAUACUGGGUUUCCUGAAAAUACCCUUGAGUCGCGCACAGGAUAAAAAUGUAAGGGGAUCACUAACUGGCAGCAUGUUCGCUUGAAUGACGUAGGAAAUGUUUGAUUUUGUUGAUCGAAUGGCUAGAUGUAGUGGUGUUUGGAUCAGUUAAUGGGGUGUCAUUCUGAUGUUGAUGGAUUAAUACUUCAGUAAUAUUCUCUAAGCUAACUCAUUAACGGGGAUCAUGUGGCUAAGUGGGUAAGACGCUAGCUCGCUAGCAUGGAGGUCGGGUGUUCGAUCCCUGCAUUGGCCGAGAAAGUUCAUCCAGAUUUUCCGGCGUGGUUCUCCCUUGUCAGUGAUGCAGGACGGAGGGGCUGACAAGGAAAGCUGUCUAGUCGUUCGGAUGGGACGAAAAACCGAGGUCCCGUGUACACAUUGGCGUGCACGUAAAAGAUCCCUUGGCAGUUGGAAUUCGAUAUAAGAGUAGGCCGUAGUGCCGCUGUCCGGGCAAAAUUUCCCUCAUAGCACACUGUAUGGCGUAUGCCCGUCUUCAUUAGCCCAGGUUAGGAGCAGAACAGUAGGACGUUAAACUCCAUUUCAUUUCAUUUCUAACUCAUUAACGACUCCAUCUUAGUUUCACCUCUCACCAGAAGGUCAAAGGUGUUAUUUAAUAAAGGGAAAUGACUCAUAACAAAAGGAAUGAACACAAGGGAAAGAACUCCAAUAUUAUUGGAAAGAACUACAUGUAAUAGUAACUAUCAGUAGUCAGAAAAGUGAGAGACUUAAAAGUACUGCAGAUUUUGGAUUAAAAGUAGGAAAAAGAUUUUGCCAGAUGAUAUUCCAAGACAUACUUGUAUAAUGUACCCCCCCCCCCCCCCCCUCAAACAAGUCACCUGACAAGCAAGGCUGCUUAAAGUGGAUAUUCACAACUUGGGAUAGUUGUCUUCCGAGUAAAAUAUUUCCAGAGGGAUUUGAAUCAAACGCGUGAUAGUUAAAUAGUUUAAAUGUGUGUUUGGUCCAAAUAUAUCAUCAAAUCCCAUGCACGGGUGUAUAGCAUACGGUUUGCCAUGUGUUCGUAGUCAUGUAUUACCACACAUGCGCUCAUUCCAGGCCUAUAUAGUCUUGUUCCAAAAGUGGUGGCCAGAUGCGCCUAAAAUCACCGCUGACACCACGAUUUUUCUCAUUUUUAAAGGACAAUAUUGUUGUGUGGGACUGUAAAAGUAUAUCUGUCAAUUCAUAAAAAAUUGACUGUCACAUGAGAACAUGAAAGAAAAAUAGAAAAAGUCCGUGCAUUACCAUGUUUUUAUAUGUAUAGAAUGAAUAAACAGACGUGAAUGUACGGACUGUUUCUAUAAUAUUUUUCACGUGUUCUCUUAUCUAAUGACAUUCAAUUACUUUUUUGAAUUGUCAGAUGUAUACUCUUACAGUCUCAUAUAACAACUUUUGGUCUUCGAAGGAAUUAUUAGUGAGCAGAAAUUGGCCCAUGUAUCUGUUAUCACUCGUCACUUAAAUCAGUUAUAUAGAGGGAUAACUCGUGUUUUCCUUUUGCGUUCGUCACUUCCGAUUGUUGAAGCAUUGAUUACUCAUCUGUCGUAGCAAUGAUCGCUGUGAUAAAAUAAUAUUUGGAACGGGUUUAACCAGUUUUAUCACAUAUGUGAUAAUGACUGGCACCAAUAUUGUCCUUUAAUAAGACCAAAGUAUCCGCCACAACCUCUGCCCUCUGAGAUUCCUCCAUUUUGUCUAUGAUAUUUUUUUAGUCUUUAUUUCCAUGAGCUUUUUGUUUUAAAAUUUAUUAAAAUAAUCUUUCUCAAUCGGGACACUAUUUGAGUUCAUGAAUGAAUGAACCACGUAUUUAGGCGUGGGGGCGAAUAGCUGGCGCGUGUGCGUUGUAUCAUAAGGUUUGCCAUUGAGUCAACUGGUGUGGUUUCGACUCUUCUCUCUCUUUCACUCUCUCUCUCUCUCUCUCUCGCUCUCUCUCUCUC